UUGAAUUUGUCCAAAUCUAAUAACCCAGAGCCUAUUGAAGGCCUUGGGGGUUGGGAGGGGAGAAAAGUCUUGAAUAUUCUUCAAACUUUCCCCCCCACUCCCUCUGGUCCCUUCUUUCCAAAAGUCUUUGAAGAAAGAUGUUUUUGACGCUUCCAUGUCGCUCUCAGAUGGAUGGGCUGCCGGUGAUUGAAGUGUCUUUGUCAUGCUAAUGCUUGGGGGCUGAUGGAUGGGCGCUGGGGCUGCCAAACUCUGGCCCUCUUUGCCCAUUGGCCUGGGAGAGAUCACAUGUGCCCCCCUACCCCCACUCCCUACCCCUUUCCUAGGGGAGCUCUGGCCCAGGCGAUCUGGCCCAGGCCAUGGAUGCAAGCCUCAUCGCUGUGACAUACUGCCGAAAGGUUGUAGGGCAAGAGGGUGUCUCCCCGAAAAGGGCCGACCCUCCUGCGGCCUCCACGCAUGGACUAUAAUAGGAUGAACUCCUUCCUAGAGUACCCACUCUGUAACCGGGGACCCAACGCCUACAGCGCCCACAACGCCCUAACCUCCUUCCCCACCAGUUCGGCUCCUGCCAUUGACAGCUACGCAGGCGAGGGCCGCUAUGGUGGGGGGCUGCCCAGCCCUGUGCUGCAGCAGAACUCGGGCUAUCCCGCCCAGCAACCGCCUUCAGCGCUGGGGGUGUCCUUUCCCAGCUCCGCGCCCUCAGGGUAUGCCCCGGCCUCCUGCAGUCCCAGCUAUGGGCCUUCUCAAUAUUACCCUUUGGAAGGAGAUGGAGGCUAUUUUCAUCCAUCCAACUACGCUGCCCAGCUAGGGGGCUUGCCCGACGGCUACGGAGCGGGUGGAGCCGGCCCUGGGCCAUACCCUCCGCCACAGCCCCCUUAUGGGAACGAGCAGACCGCGAGCUUUGCACCGGCCUACGCUGAUCUCCUCUCCGAGGACAAGGAAUCAUCAUCUUGCGCGUCAGAACCCAGUACCCCCACGGCCCGGACCUUCGACUGGAUGAAGGUUAAGAGGAACCCACCCAAGACAGCGAAGGUGUCGGAGCUGGGACUGGGCGCGACCGGCGGCCUCCGCACCAACUUCACCACGCGGCAGCUGACUGAGCUGGAGAAGGAGUUCCAUUUCAACAAGUACCUGAGCCGGGCCCGGAGGGUGGAAAUCGCUGCCACCCUGGAGCUCAAUGAAACGCAAGUCAAGAUUUGGUUCCAGAACCGGCGCAUGAAGCAGAAGAAGCGCGAACGGGAGGGAAGCCGAGUGCCGCCAGCUCCUCCAGGUUGCCCCAAGGAGGCAGCGGGAGAUGCCUCGGACCAGUCGACAGGCACCUCCCCGGAAGCCUCACCCAGCUCCAUCACCUCCUGAACUGAACUUUUCAACCCGCGGGGCUUCCAGCACUGUAGAGCCCUAGUCCAGUCCUCCUCUGUCCUUCCCCAACUUCACUGCCCUGGUGAUCCUUGCCAAGUCUGGGACACCAGUUUAGAUGGGGAUGGGGACUGGGGGAAGAUUUUUCUCAGAUCUGGGAAGAGAGUAGAUUGAUGGCUUGGGGAUCCUACAGGACUGGGGGCCUGAGAAAUACCCAACCUGUCAAAGGUGGAGGGACUGGAUGGGCUUUCCCCUGCCUUUGACCUGGGGAUCCACGCAAUGGCAAGAAUGAGGAUGAGAGCCCAUCCUCCUGGGUUCUCCUUUCCCUUCCAACUUUUGGCUAUUCAGUUCAGUGCCUUUAAGCUUUGAGGAUGCUCCUCAUGCACUCUUAUCCUGACUCCUCUUUCUAGGCCUGGGAUAGAGAGAAGGCCUUGGAUUUUCUUAUGUAGGUGGUAUUUGAGUGCAGAUGUAUUAUUAUCAGCAACCCUAAGUCUCAGUCCUUAAUACAGUUACCCCAAAACUACAAUAGCAUCAGCUCCCUUGUGAAAGACCAAAAAGCUCCCCAUCUAACCCUAUUAACCCUUUCCUGGCACAUUUGUAUUGCACUAACACAGCCUCCAGAGGUUGUUUUCUGAGACCUGCCUCCUCCUAUUAAUGACCUCAUUACUAAAUCACCAAAGUGUUUUGAAACUUGGUAUGCCAGAGACUUCUGGAAUACUGUGCAAGGCCUGCUCUCAGCAAGCCUCAACUAGGAAGGCACAGGCAUGACCCUACUACAUUCCCCCUAUUUAUUGUCUCCUGGAAAACCCAGGAAUCUCGACCCCAUCUCCAUUCCUACCCCUGGGGGCCUUCCCCCACUUGGAGGCAUACCUCUUUACCCCAGGGAGGCUCAGGUAUAGUGAGAGCUCCCAGCAACUUCAAACAUUUCUCUGAACUUUGGAGACAUUCAUUUCUCUGAACCUUGGAGACAGUGGAGACACCAUUUAAGUUUCUGGAAAACUGAGCCCCAAACAAGCCAGGUUCUCUCUGUACCUCCAACUACCUCAUUUCAAUAAAGUCUGUGUUUUCUCUG